AUUAUCUUGCAAUUUUUUAUCAAUCAAAUUAUCCUUGAAUCAAAUAUAGACAAGGGUCCCUACUUGUGAGAUUUUCUUCUAACCCUGGUCGAUGUUGCUUAGUUUACAGCAUCUAAGGUUAUUGACCCAUGUCAGGAAUCCUCUCGAUAUCAAAUUCUCCAAUUCUUGCUCUUCUGCAAAAAUGCAAAACCAUGAUAGAGCUAAAGCAAAUCCAAACUCACAUAAUCACAAAUGGCUUGGCUCGUUUCACCUUUAUAACCAGCAAAAUCUUAGCCUUCUGUGCACUGUCACACAAUGGAGACAUCAAUUAUGCGCAAACCAUUUUCAAUCAAAUCCUACUGCCCAAUGCCUUCAAUUUCAAUUCCAUGAUAUUGGGUUUCUCUCAAAACUCACAUCCUCAAAAGGGUCUUUCACUUUUUGCACGUAUGCAUAGCAUAGGGAUCAGACCAAAUUCCCAUACUUUUAGAAGUUUGAUAAAAUGCUGCGUUUGCUUGUCUUGGCUUGAUCAAGUUCAUGGUCAAAUAUUGAAAUUCGGACACAUGUCUGAUUAUUAUAUCAUUAGUUCUGUUAUUAAUAUGUACUCAAAGUGUGAAGCAAUGGUACUUGCUCGUCAAGUCUUUGAUGAAAGUAUUGAUCUGAAUGUGGUUUGCUGGACUAGUCUUGUUAGUGGGUACUGUAGUAAUGGAUUGAUCAAUGAAGCGCGUAAGAUGUUUGAUACAAUGCCAGAAAGAAAUGAAAUUUCUUGUAGUGCAAUGGUUUCUGGAUAUGUUUGGAGUGGUCAUUUCAACGAAGCCAUUGAGUUGUUUCAAGAAUUGAAGAGUUGUAGUAGUGUGGGGUUUAGUGGAUCUCUUUUGGUUAGCGUCCUUAAUGCCUGUGCAACAAUAGGUGUAUUUGAGGAUGGGAAAUGGAUUCAUUCCUACAUAGAUGGGAACGGCUUGGAUUAUGAGCUCGAGAUGGGCACUGCAUUGAUAGAUUUUUAUGCUAAGUGUGGUCACAUAAUAGAUGCUGUUGAAAUAUUUAACAAGAUGCUAUAUAAAGAUGUAACAACAUGGAGUUCUAUGAUCUUGGGGUUGGCUGUAAAUGGAGAAAAUGAAAGAGGAAUUGAGCUUUUUGCAGAGAUGGAGAAGAAGGGACCUACACCUAAUGCUGUAACUUUUGUUGCAGUUCUCACUGCUUGUAAUCACAAAAUUUUGUUGAGUGAAGCUUGGUGUUUCUUUGGACGAAUGAGUAAAGUUUAUGGCAUUGCUCCCUUGAUUGAGCAUUAUGGGUGCAUGAUUGAUCUUUUGGCACGAGCUGGGCUGAUUAAAGAAGCUGGGAUAUUGAUUAAUAUUAUGCCAAUGAAGCCGGAUGGAGCCAUAUGGAGUUCUUUGCUAAAUGGGUGUCUGAUCCAUGGCCAUCUUGAGAUGGGGGAGAGGGUAGGGAGGCUUCUUAUCCAGUUAGAGCCACAACAUAGUGGAAGGUAUGUCCAUCUAGCAAACAUGUAUGCCACUAAGGGAAGCUGGGAGGAGGUGAUUAGGUUAAGGAAAAUGAUGAAAGAGAGGGGAGCAGCAACCAUUUCUGCAUGGAGUUUCAUUGAGAUUGAUGGGAUUGUUCAUAAGUUUGUUGUUGACAAUGAUAAGGUCCAUUCUCAUUUUGCGGGCAUCACCGAAUUUCUGAAUCAACUCAACAAGCAACUUGAUUAUUAUUAUUAUUCUGUUGGUCAUGAUGCAUGCUGAUGUAAGUAGGUUAUCUACAGUUUUACUACUGGGCAAUAAUGUUGAACUGGAAACAAGAGUCCCAUGUCGGUCUUCGUUGAAUGGCAGAGCAAACUGAACGUUGCUUUUGAUUAGCAGGUCUCUGAAUGUUGGUGCACAUAGGAAGGCAAAGUGAACUGCUACUUGUUUAACAUUGCAAAGAUGGAUCUUAUGCCACCAAGGACUCCAUGGGAUACCUUUCACUUUUUUGGUGGCGUUUUGUAGAGGGGAAUGAGAUUACAUUCCCAGGAAUAAGAUAACUGAGAACGUUAUACCCUUGAUUUUUAGGAGGUAAAAGAAAAUUUUUUCCUAGGAAUCAUUUAUUCUCUUAAGCAGUAAGCAUGUGAUACCCAACCAUUUGUGUGGGUAUCUUUCAUUCCCAUGGAAUUGUAUCGUUAAACUGAUGAAAUAAUCCAUCCUUGUCAAAAUUCAAAACUUCUCUCAUUCCUGACUCACAAUCCUCAACCCACCUCAUCCGACGCCUCCUUUACCAACAAAUGGUGACCGUUACCACCAUCAAGCUUGAUCCGGCAAUCUUCACCACCCCAAGCCAAAGCUAGGACUUCAAUUGACCUAGAUGAUCAUUGCCGCUGCCAAUCUGACGAUACACCACAACCACUUUCUAAGUAAUUGAUUUUCAAGAUGUUUGGCCAGCCAUAACCAAUUGGAGCUUGUUUCUUCAUGGACGUGAUUCCCUUGAGAUCUCUGUUAUAUCAUUCCUCAUUUUCUUGCUUUAGAUUAUAAUUAUUGAAUAAUGAUCAAUUCAAGGUGCCUUUAAAGAAAUAAAGAGAAGAGUGUGGGUAGUUUGCAAAUAUUUAUGGUUAAUUUGUUAUCUUUACUGUUAAAUCUGCAGAACCAAACUUAGAAGUUGAAAUUGAGGCCUUCCUUGAUGGCCUUAAAGGAUGCCAGCACACAUGACCCUUUUAGAGCACUACUAAUUGAAUUCUGCGAUUUCAGCUCAUGUUUGAGGAAAACAUUUUUUGCAUUGUGGGUAUUGAUUUUAAUUUUUAUGGUGAUCUGAGCUAAAAACAGGAGUUCUCCAUAUGCAGACAGUGACUAUGGCAAUGUGAAAUACUAAUUGAGCAGUAAUUAAUGUGUCAAAAACAACUCAAUUUAGGAACUCAAAUUUGUAUGGAACUUCUUACUGCAUUUUCACCAAUUUUGCAUCUUGUUUACUGUUUCUUUAGAUGUUAAUUUUCACAUAUUUUGGUGUUUAAGAAAAAAUUUUCAAGCAAGUUCCUCCAAACUGCUUCUUCAUCUAUAUUUAAACAGCUAUUAUAAUAAUUAUUUUUCCAAGAUAUUACGGAAUGCUAUGAAUUUGAUAGAAAUGAACAGCAUUUUGUACUAGUAGCUGCAGUUAACAGUUGUGGAAAUGUGUCCGCACUUUGUUUAUUGUAAACUGAUUAUUUGGUUGCAUAUCUUUGACCAUAAAUUACUCAUUUCUUUCUUUGCACUAUGCCUUGGUAAAGCCAAAAAAGAAAAGGUUGGCCUAUGCAAAGUGCAAGGUGACUGCAGGUAAGCAUAGGAGAUUCAAGGUAACUGAAGUUAAAGAUGAAGUUAUGGUGUAUCUUGGCAAGGCAAGAUUGACGGCUGGGGCAUUUUAUAAACUGAAGCAAAGGAAAUAUGGUCCAUUUAAGAUUACCAAGGAGAUCAAUGACAAUGCUUAUGUGGUGGAUCUUCCAAAUUGGAUGGGAAAUAUGAUGUAGCUAACUUUUGUAAUUAUUUGCUGGAUUGUGCACUGGAAUAUUAAGAUCAUAACUCGAGGUCAAGUUCUUUGCAAGUGAAGGCAAAUGACAGAGUAUCCAGUGAGUUACACGGCCCACAAAGACCAAAUUACAUGGCCGUGUAUUCGAUAAUGUCUUCUGAGCAAAGGGCCAAAUAACACAGCCUAAGUCUCACGGCUAUGGCCAAGACCGUGUCUACUUCUGUAUAAAACUCUAUCAAGCGUGCAAAGGUCCAGAAGGUUACACGGCUUGCUCAUGUUAAGUAAUCCAUCAUCACGCGGGCAGUCUUGAAUAUCUCACGAGCAGUCCAGAGACGGCCAGCCAGUGUAAUUUAUCGACUCACACGGCCUGGUUGUGUUGACGUCGGUUUUUCGGAUUUGUUACUAGUUCUCUUAAAUUUCCAUGUUUCAGUAAGAUUUAAACUUUCCUAUCCUUUUUAGGAUUGGUUUCUCUUUAGUGGAAAGCUGUUUCUUCUUAGUUUGGGAUUGUAAAAUCCAUAUAAACCCUUUAUUUUCUAUUUGCUGAGAACUUUUCAUAAUUUCAUUUUCAGAGUUUCUUUCAAAUAAAGUUUUGCUUUAUAUUAUCAU